UAUGAAUCUGUAAUUCUUUUUAACAGAUGAAUUGGUCCAUACAAUUAGGCAUCUACACUUCUCCCUUUGUUAUUUGGAUCUUACACAAGAAAAAUUUUUUCUGCUAUGAUGGAAUCCAUUCUUUGAUGCGCUUCACAGCCAUCUGUACCUUUUUGUGUGCCAGCUCAUUAACAGCAAGAGCAUUUGGACGGCUUAACAAUCCCCAUUAUAUCAAAUUCAUUAACCAUCUGGAGGUGGCAAGAGUAGAGAACAAACCUGAUAUGAAGAAGUCCCUGUCACAGCAUGAUUUUGACUUUUCAGCAUGGCCAGUAGAUUAUGAUGCCAAAGAGAUAGACAAAGAUUCAGAUAAACCAAGAACAUUUGUUGAUGAAGAGAGCAAAACAAGAUCAAUAACAGAGAUUGCCAAAAUACUGCCUUGUAGGAUCCUUGGUUACAUGGUCGCUCACUCUAUUGGCAUUCGCCUGCUAUAUCCAGGAACAAUAAUACAGCAUUUCAUUGAGUCACAUUUGAUUGAUGGUAGAUCACGGUUAAUUGAAGAUCUUCAAGGAGAAAGACAUAAAUUGGUGACUCGAGAUGGAAACGCUAUUGACUGUAUUUCUGUUGAUAGAAGAGGCAGACCACAACACUCAAAUGGAGACUUUCUUGUUAUUUGCUGUGAAGGAAACGCUGGAUUUUAUGAAGUGGGAAUGAUUGGAACCCCUUUGGAGGCUGGGUACUCGGUUCUCGGAUGGAAUCACCCCGGAUUUGGAGGCAGUUCGGGGAAACCUUUUCCACGACAAGAUCAAAAUGCAGUCGAUAUUGUUAUUCAGUUUGCUUUAAAUAAACUGAACUUCCCGGCUGAACGCAUCAUUAUAUACGGUUGGAGCAUUGGCGGCUUUACUGCGUCGUGGGCUGCCAUGAAUUACCCAAAUGUAAAAGCAGUUAUGCUGGAUGCAACUUUCGAUCAUGUUCUUCCAUUAGCUGCAAAUGUGAUGCCUGCUUCCUGGAAUUCAAUUGUGGCGACAACUGUUAAAUACAACCUAAAUCUUAACGUCGCAGAACAGCUGAUCAAAUAUAAUGGGCCAGUUGUCCUCUUCAGACGAAUGCGCGACGAAGUUAUUGCUUUGGAACCUGGCACAUUGUCGACCAACAGGGGUAAUGAUCUCCUGAUCAAACUUUUAAAAUUCCGCUAUCCACAAAUCAUCGACUCCACCACAAUUCCCACUUUACAAUUGUGGCUAAACGCUGAUGCAUCAGAACGCGAAAAGAUGAUACGAAAACAUGAAGUCGUCAACAGCCCAUGUCCCAGUCUUUUAAAACAGUACAUUAAAGACAACUCCAACUCGUUCCCAAUGCUCAUCGGUCAAAACUGGACGGAAAAACAGAAAUCGCAAAUGGCAAUAUUUUUGGCAAACCGAUACAUGGUAGAUUAUGAUAGUACACAUUGUACGCCGCUGCCAGCCGAAAUGUUCCGUUCGCCUCAGGAAAUAGGAUCAGAAACUGAUUUGGUGACGAUCUCUGAUUUCGAAGUAAUCACAGCCCAGUAACUUGUAAAAACGUGCGCAGUAUAUUGGAGAAGCAAAUUUAGGGUUUGAUGUUACCGUUUGGCCUUUUAACGUUUGUAUUCAUAAGCUUAUAUAAUUGAUACACACUUGCUAGAAUGAAACCAAAA